CACGCCGAGCACACUGGCAGCAGCCAUGGCGGACGGCCCAGUGGCUGAGGUGCUGCUCCGGCAGCUAGAGGCGGCCGAUGGCGGCCUGGACAGCGCGGAGCUGGCAGCUAAGCUGGGCGUGGACCACCAGGCCGUGGUGGGCGCCGUGAAGAGCUUGCAAGCGCUGGGCGAGGUCAUUGAGGCUGAGCUGCGCUCCACCAAGCGCUGGGAGCUUACUGCCGAGGGCGAGGAGAUGGCCCGGGAGGGCAGCCAUGAGGCCCGGGUGUUUCACAGCAUCCCCCAGGAGGGCCUGGCUCAGAGUGAGCUCAUGCGGCUGUCCAGCGGCAAGGUGGGCUUCAGCAAGGCCAUGUCCAACAAGUGGAUCCGCGUGGACAAGAGUGCAGCCGACGGGCCCCGGGUGUUCCGAGUGGUGGACAAUGUGGACGAUGAGGUGCAGCGGCGGCUCCAGCUGGUCCAGGGCGGGCAGGCUGAGAAGCUGGGUGAGAAGGAGAGGAGUGAGCUCAAGAAGAGGAAGCUGCUGACUGAAGUGACCCUGAAGACCUACUGGGUGAGCAAAGGCAGUGCCUUCAGCACCAGCAUCUCCAAGCAGGAGACAGAGCUGAGCCCAGAGAUGAUCUCCAGUGGCUCCUGGCGGGACCGGCCCUUCAAGCCAUACAACUUCUUGGCCCAUGGCGUCCUCCCAGACAGUGGCCACUUGCAUCCUCUGCUCAAGGUCCGCACGCAGUUCCGGCAGAUCUUCCUGGAGAUGGGGUUCACAGAGAUGCCGACUGACAACUUCAUUGAGAGCUCUUUCUGGAACUUUGAUGCACUUUUCCAGCCCCAGCAGCACCCGGCACGUGACCAACAUGACACCUUUUUCCUCCGAGAUCCAGCUGAGGCCCUGCAGCUCCCAAUGGACUACGUCCAUCGGGUCAAGCGGACCCACUCUCAGGGUGGCUACGGCUCACAGGGGUACAAAUACACGUGGAAACUGGAGGAGGCCCGGAAAAACCUGCUGCGCACACACACCACAUCGGCCAGCGCCCGUGCCCUCUACCGCUUGGCCCAGAAGAAGCCCUUUGCGCCGGCCAAGUACUUCUCCAUCGAUCGUGUAUUCCGAAAUGAGACCCUAGACGCCACACACCUAGCCGAGUUCCACCAGAUUGAGGGUGUGGUGGCUGACCAUGGCCUCACCCUAGGCCACCUCAUGGGCGUCCUGCGCGAGUUCUUCAGCAAGCUGGGUAUCACCCAGCUGCGCUUCAAGCCGGCCUACAACCCCUACACAGAGCCCAGCAUGGAGGUGUUCAGCUACCAUCAAGGCCUGAAGAAGUGGGUGGAAGUCGGGAAUUCUGGCCUCUUCCGCCCUGAGAUGCUGCUGCCCAUGGGGCUCCCCGAAAACGUGUCAGUCAUUGCUUGGGGCCUCUCCCUGGAGCGCCCAACAAUGAUCAAAUACGGCAUCAACAAUAUCCGGGAGCUGGUGGGCCACAAGGUGAACCUGCAGAUGGUGUAUGACAGUCCCCUGUGCCGCCUGGAUGCUGAACCGGGGCCCCCACGGACACAGGGCGCCGUGUGACAUGGGCCACCCUGGAUAGCCUGCCUUUCCUUGAGCCCCAGCUGUCCAGCUCCCUAGCAUCCCUGCCAGAGACCUCCUUGUAUUUAUAAGGCCUCUGUGAGGCCAUCCACCCCCCACUCCCACCCCUGGUAUCUCCUCUUCCGCACCUGCCCCAAGGUCCCAGGGGCAAGGGAGCAGGUAGCAGGUUCGACCUACGAAGGUGGGCCCUAGGGAGCCCUGCAGGCCAGCCAUUGGCUAAUAAAGUGGGCAGUUGUCCUCAUAA